GACUGAGGAGCUGGGACUCCAAGUGCCUCUUUGGAGCUUCCCCUAACUAUGAGUCACUCUGUUGCUGUGAGUAGCCAGUGGGGAUAGACCUCGACCCAGCGUGGGCCCUUUUCUUCUUGUGAAGUUUGCCUGUGCACUUGGAGCCUGCUCUGCAGAGCCCUCCACUGGUGCCGUGUGCCUGCUGUGUCUGCGUGUUCGGAUCUCGCCUGGACUCUUGGGGUGAUCACCUGCACUGACUGGGAGGAGAUGCUUGACCACACCCCUCCGCUGCAUUCAGCCUGAAGACCAGCCAAGGACAAAGCAGAUCCCAGCUGUGGGAGACGGGCUGGCAAACAUCUCCCGAGAAGAGAGCUAUUCUGGUGAUACCUUCUCAUUUGUGAAGCUCUUGGCUGAGAACACAGCUGUGGGAGAAGGAAGGACAUCAGCCAGGGUCACACACAGACCCUCGUAGAAGCAAGAGGUCACCUCUCUACUUUUGGUCCAAGCUGAGCCACUUGUUUUCGUCGCGUGGGGAUCAUCAGAGUACAAGGAGCUGUGCUCCAUUGGGAAAGGCAGUGUGGGGAGCAAUGGAAUCUUUGAUGGACUCUGGGGUUCUCUGGAGCCUCGUGCUGGAGCAGGAAAGCCAGUCACUGUGGUGGUACUUGAAGAGAGUUAUUGAUGAACCUGCAGGUGCUGUACACUGCUGCUGGCAUGGAUCUGAGGAAAUCCCAGCUGUGUUAAGCCCCACUUAUAAGCAGAGAAAUGAAGACUUCAGAAAGCUCUUUAAGCAACUUCCAGACACGGAGCGCCUCAUUGUUGAUUACUCAUGUGCACUCCAAAGAGACAUUCUUCUUCAGGGCCGACUCUACCUCUCGGAAAACUGGAUUUGCUUCUACAGCAACAUUUUCCGCUGGGAAACUCUGCUGACAGUCCGUUUGAAAGACAUCUGCUCCAUGACUAAAGAAAAAACAGCUCGCCUCAUUCCCAACGCCAUCCAAGUUUGCACUGAUUCAGAAAAGCACUUUUUCACUUCGUUUGGGGCCCGAGAUAGGACAUACAUGAUGAUGUUCCGGCUCUGGCAGAAUGCUCUCCUUGAAAAGCCUCUGUGCCCCAAGGAACUCUGGCACUUCGUCCACCAGUGUUACGGGAAUGAACUGGGCCUGACCAGUGAUGACGAGGACUAUGUUCCCCCAGAUGAUGACUUCAAUACGAUGGGCUACUGCGAGGAGAUUCCUGUAGAAGAGAAUGAAGUGAAUGACAGCUCAUCUAAAAGCAGCAUAGAGACCAAGCCAGAUGCCAGCCCACAGCUGCCCAAGAAAUCCAUCACCAACAGCACUCUGACCUCCACAGGGAGCAGUGAAGCCCCUGUCUCGUUUGACGGCCUGCCUCUGGAGGAAGAGGUGCUGGAGGGCGAUGGGUCUCUGGAGAAGGAGCUUGCCAUUGACAACAUCAUUGGGGACAAGAUUGAGAUCAUCCCACCCGUGAACUCCCCUUCCUUGGACUUUAAUGACAAUGAGGACAUUCCCACUGAGCUCAGUGACUCUUCGGACACCCACGACGAAGGGGAAGUGCAGGCCUUCUAUGAGGACCUGAGUGGCCGGCAGUAUGUGAAUGAAGUCUUCAACUUCAGUGUGGACAAACUCUAUGACCUGCUCUUCACCACAUCGCCCUUCCUGCGGGACUUCAUGGAGCAGCGGCGCUUCUCUGAUAUUAUCUUCCAUCCAUGGAAGAAGGAAGAGAAUGGGAACCAGAGCCGAGUGAUUCUGUACACUAUGACCCUUACCAACCCUUUGGCUCCCAAAACUGCCACCGUCAGGGAGACACAGACCAUGUACAAGGCGAGCCAGGAGAGUGAAUGCUACGUGAUAGACGCGGAAGUUCUCACGCAUGAUGUGCCCUACCAUGACUACUUCUACACAGUCAAUCGCUACACACUCACCCGUGUGGCCCGCAACAAGAGUCGACUCAGGGUCUCCACAGAGCUGCGCUAUCGAAAACAGCCCUGGGGAUUAGUGAAAACCUUCAUUGAGAAGAACUUCUGGAGUGGGCUGGAGGACUACUUUCGACACUUAGAGAGUGAGCUCACCAAAACGGAGAGCACCUACCUGGCUGAGAUGCACAGGCAGUCUCCCAAGGAGAAGGCCGGCAAGCCCCCAACGGUGCGGAGGAGGAAGCGUCCCCAUGCCCACCUGAGGGUGCCUCACCUAGAAGAGGUGAUGAGCCCAGUCACCACCCCGACUGAUGAAGAUGUGGGCCACCGGAUCAAGCAUGUGGCAGGUUCCACGCAGACAAGGCACAUCCCUGAGGACACGCCCAAUGGCUUCCACCUGCAGAGUGUGUCCAAGCUGCUGCUGGUUAUCAGCUGUGUUCUGGUGCUGCUGGUCAUCCUUAACAUGAUGCUCUUCUAUAAACUCUGGAUGUUAGAAUACACUACCCAGACCCUCACUGCCUGGCAGGGUCUGAGGCUCCAAGAAAGGGGUCUGGGAGCACAGGACAGUCUGCUGAGCAUAACUCCAGCUGCUGGGGUGCCCCUUCUUCUGCCCCACAGGUUACCCCAAUCUCAGACAGAAUGGGCCCAGCUCUUAGAGUCCCAACAAAAGUACCACGAUACUGAGCUCCAAAAGUGGAGGGAGAUCAUCAAAUCCUCAGUGAUGCUCCUUGACCAGAUGAAAGACUCGCUCAUCAAUCUUCAGAAUGGCAUCAGGUCCCGUGACUACACAUCAGAAAAUGACGAGAAGAGGAACCGCUAUCACUGACAAGGCAGGAACAGAGGUGGCUGCAGGAGGCCUGUGCAAUACAUGUACAUAGACCCUAUAAAUAUAUAUAUACAGAAUAUAAAUAUAUAUUAUAUACAGAUUUUAAAAAGAGAUAAUGCCUACAUACCAGGGAGAAGGAGCGGGACCUCCCGCCCCUGUGCUGGCCGGAGCAGCGUUUCCCCUCAGUGGAGGGGGCCGAGGAGGGCAGGGAGCAUCUCUCAGCACCGACAUCCCCUGAUCCUCCUCCUACUACCCUCUGCUCCUCACCCCUUCCCUUGCUGGCCAUUCUUGGCUUCCAGAAGGGAAAUGUUGCUGAGCCAAAGCUAUGCCUGGGAAGACCCUCAGGUCUUGAAAGAAGUCUCAAGGGGGCAUUGCUUAAGGUGCUUCAUUCCCUAAUCCCCUUUCAGUUUGUUUCCAAAAUAGAAGAGAAUAUGUUCUUCCCUACCCUGCACUUCCCCAAGCCUUCUCUGGGACACGGAAGCAUCGUGGGCAGGAGCCUGAUCUCAGCUUCCCCCCAGAAGGGCAAUGAUUCAGACCGUGCCGAGAGCCAGGAGGGGAGGGCUGGGAGAAGCUGGCGAGGGGGCUUCGAUGAGCUUGGACUUUGGAACUGCAGGCUCCUGAGCACUUGUGUUCUGGAAGGUUUCUCCUCAGUCACCCCUGCACCUUUCUCUCACCUGGGUAGGACAUGGACCCAAAAAGGGCUGGGAAUUUCUAACUUGCCCACUCGCUUUCUCUCUGGUCUUCGCCCAGGCUGGAUCUGGGCGAAGUGUCACUUUUUAGUGCCUAAAGUCCUAUUGUUUCUCUGUGCCCUAAGAGCACAUUGUUUAUUAGACAGGGUGGAGCAUUUUUGACCUUGUUAAACCCCUUUUCGUGGUUAUGAACAAGUCAGAUCUGUGGCUCUAAUUCCUUCAGUUUAAGCUAUUAGUUUGAUUUCCAGGAUGAAUCAGGGUGUCUUAGGCCCUCCAGGGUUUGAGAGAGCGAGAGAGAGGUCUCUGGCCAGUGUGCAGUCUCUGCCUCAGAACCAGCUUCAGUCAGUGGAGACAACUGAGACACUUUGCAUGUGGAAAAACAUCUGAGCCAGUGGAGAGGAGGAUUUGGUAUAGAUGCGGGUGUUUGGGCAGAGAAUGACCAGAUGGAAUCUCUGCCCCAGAUUGGCCAUUCCAAUGUCUCAAGUUAGGGUAUACCCUUCUCAGGCCUCAGGGAGGUAUGAGGUUACUAAGGAAUAGAAAGAAGGUGCUGGGUAGACAUGGGAACCAGCCUUGGCCUUCUCGAAGUUGGCCUACUGGGACCCACGCUUUCAUCAGAUCUUACGGGGCCCUUCCGGGCAUGUUCGCUUACACUGCCCGUUCUCCACAUGCUGACCCAAGGAGGCCUGCAAGCCCCAGGCAGAGGUCAGGUGAUCUGUAGUUAAUGAAGGCAAGGAGAGUUUGCUGAGCCUGCUCUUUCUCCUAGGUUCUUGAUGUAAGCAGUAGAAGAGAACCCCAGGGUGUCCCAGAACAGCGGCACAAAGGAUGGAAGAUUUUUAUCAGUGAUCUGCCCCAGUGAUGAGAGAUUUUACAUUCUUUCCUUAGGAUGACCUUAACAUCCCAUUUUAGAAGUUAAAGAAAAGCUUUUGAAUCUAUCCAAGAAUAGACCUUGGUAUUUCCCCAGAAAACAAAAGGACAUCAUCUCUAAGACAGAACGAUGAGAAGUUUGUCAUUCAUCAGUCAUGUAGCACUGAUAUUCCUCCCCAAGAGGCAGAGGUGAGGCAUGGCCCAGGAUAAUGCUUGGCUCCUGGUGAGAAGCACCUUGCCUUCCAAGAUCUAUUGAUGCCACAUUUGCUCUCAGACCAGCAGUCACCUCUCAGUUCUUGUCCAGGGCUUUGAGGGAGAGACACUGGUGAGGCUCAAUGAGUCAAGGAAGGAAGCAUGGUACAGACUGCUAAACGUUUCCCCCUUGGAGUAGCUCAAAGCCAAAAGAACUCCCCGAAACUUUUGAGAGCAGAAAUUGUAAAUUCUCAAAUCUAUCCCAUACAUAAUUAUUUACUCAAGUUUCUUAAUUAUGAAAGGUAUCAUGGACCCUUUCGGAAGACGUAGAAGUGGUUGGUUGCGGGGUAUAAAGUGAUAGAAGUAGCCUUGGGCCAUGAGAGGUACACAGUGUCGCUCCCCUCUCAGGACCACUCGGUGGAGCAGUAGAGAAAGAGAGGGGUACUUGUCCAAGACGCCCUCCUAUUCCCUGCUGAUUUGGACCCACAAGACAUGUGUCACGGAUCUCUUGUGAGCUCUCUCUGUUCUAAUAGUUGUUUUGGCUUUUAAGCCAGCAUACCAACUCUAUUCAUUCCCAAGCAAAGCAUGAUUCCCCUUAAUGACUUGUGAAAGACAAAAAAGCUCACCUUUCGGACAAGUCUGAGAGUGAGACAAACACGUGGCAUUGUGACCCCCGGCUAGUAGCCUGGUGUGUAGCUGUCUGCAAGAAAGCAUCAAAGCCACUGCUUCUUGUGUUACUUCUCCAUGCCAGUGUGUUUUGCUUCUGUUGACACGGGAACACUGGGAUCACAUGGAUGUUUAUCUGUGAGUAUUCAUAUUAUAACACACAUGAGACUUUGCACUUAAUUGUAAGGAAGUCACAAUUUCUAACCAGGGGAAGCACAAUUAUAGUGUGUACCCUCCCCUCCAGCUUACAGUGGAGGAAAUGGCCAGAUUGGCCUCAGAAAAGCCAGUCAUGUCUGCAACUCUCUCCCUACCCUGUCUACCUCCUCAGGACCAGGGGCCAACAUCCCAGGCCAGCAAGAUCAUUGACUCAGAAAGAACACUGAACCAAAAGGUUCAGGAGACUAAGCCCAAGUUAUUCCCCAUUGCAGAGCCUCAGUACAUGCCUCUAACUGGAGGAGACUGAGAUAGACUAUCUCUAGGGCAGGCUGUAGCUUUGACUUUGACUUUAGAUUAGACCAGAGCCUGCAAGACUGGGCUUGCUCAGAACUGGAAGGUUCCCUGCCAGGAUGGAAUAGUCUGCCAGGCUAGAGCUUCUCUGGUGCAUAGAAGACAGUAAGGCAGUGUGUGGGUUCUCAAGAAACCUAAGGCAGUUAGACUUUAUUCUCAGAGUUGAGGAAGGAUAGAAAGGCCCAGUGGUAGAGAGAAUAUUGCUCAGUAUUAACCUGGGAGUGUUUCUUCCUUCUUUGGCCUGGUUUUUGUUUGGGAAGGCAACUUCCUCUAAGCUAGAAGGAAGAGAAUGAUGGCAAGAAGAGCCACAUCGUGGACUGAGCCUAUCUUCCAUCUCUAGGCACUGUGAAGCCUUUCAUCUGUCCAUCCUUGUUCCUCCUUGACAGAGGACACAGUGGAGAGAAGCCAUUUAUGGUUCUAGCAUGUCUUUUGGCUCAACCAACACCCUGCUGGGGUUUAGAUAAAGUCCUUGGGUUGCCUAAGGGCACUGGCACUAAGAACCUAGAGUUACAAGGAAUAGGAAGAUCGAGGCCUUAUGAGGAAUGCUUUGCUUGAAGUGGAUUCUCUCCAUGUCCUGUCCGUGUCCCCACACUUAGACUGUACCUACGGUAUUACAGGCAGCAUCUCUAAGAUAAGAUCUUGGAGAAAUGACUAGGGAUGGAAUCUUUCUGGACUGUUUGUGGUCCCAGAAAGGUCCUUUCUGUGCCAUAUGAUACCACUUCUCUAGCUCUGCAGUGUAGCCAAAGCCAGCCCAUUCCUGCUAGGGCCCCCAGGAGAAAUAGCAUUCUUCUCCUCCUCCAUGACAGGGCUAUGGUCUCCUUCUCGGAACUCCUGGGCCCCACCUCUGCACUCCAGUAAGAAUU